CGCCAAUGUCAUCACCUAUCAUGGCGGAAAAGAACGCCCACCCAAGGACGUGACGUACGGACGUGACGUAACACAAGCUGAAAUCUUACUUAAGCAACUUUUCCAGGUCGCUUCUCCGUUACAACUCAUCAGAAAACCCGAGGAACAGUGAAAAUAUGGCUCUCCGAAGUAUCACCCGUCUGCUGUCCAACACCCCAAAGUGUGCAGCUGUCCUUGUGUGUAGAGCCCAAGGUACAGCUGCUGCCAUUCACAAAGAUGCCGAGGAAGUAAAAAAGGCUUCUAAGGGAGCUAAAGUGUCAUUCAACUGGCGUGACGCUCUGGACCUGGAGGGUCAGCUGACGGAGGAGGAGAUUAUGAUCCGGGACUCCUUCCGCAACUACUGCCAAGAAAAACUCAUGCCACGCAUCCUUAUGGCCAACAGACACGAACAUUUCCACCGUGAGAUUGUCUCCGAAAUGGGAGAAUUGGGUGUCCUAGGCCCCACUAUUAAAGGUUAUGGCUGUGCGGGAACAAGUUAUGUGGCUUACGGCUUGAUUGCCAGAGAGGUGGAGAGAGUUGACAGUGGUUAUCGCUCAGUCAUGAGUGUCCAGUCUUCACUGGUAAUGCACCCUAUCAACGCCUACGGCACAGAGGCCCAGAAGGAGAAAUACAUUCCCAGGCUUGCACGUGGUGAAAUCCUUGGUUGUUUUGGCUUGACGGAGCCAAACCAUGGCAGUGAUCCCAGCGGUAUGGAGACCAAGGCCACCUACAACCCAUCCAGUGCUACCUUCACCAUCAGCGGAGCCAAAACAUGGAUCACUAAUUCCCCUGUCGCAGACAUCGCAGUGGUGUGGGCCAAGUGUGAAGACGGAAAGGUGCGUGGCUUCAUCCUGGAGCGUGGCAUGAAGGGGUUCGCCACUCCAAAGAUAGAAGGCAAGUUCUCACUGAGGGCCUCUGCCACUGGAAUGAUCCUCAUGGAUGAAGUAGAAGUUCCCCAGGAGAACCUGCUGCCAAACGUCUCUGGUCUGGCUGGUCCCUUUGGCUGUCUCAACAAUGCUCGUUAUGGCAUUGCAUGGGGAGCCCUGGGAGCAGCUGAAUUUUGUUUCCAUGCAGCGAGACAAUACACUCUGGACAGAAUCCAAUUUGGGGUGCCACUGGCCAGGAACCAGCUUAUGCAAAAGAAAAUGGCAGACAUGUUGACGGAGAUCACCAUUGGACUACAAUCAUGCUUGUCCCUGGGAAGACUAAUUGAUGAGAAGAAAGCAGCUCCAGAGAUGAUCUCCAUGCUGAAAAGAAAUAGCUGUGGCAAAGCUUUGGAUAUCGCAAGACAAGCCAGGGAUAUGUUGGGAGGAAACGGGAUCGCUGAUGAGUAUCACAUCAUCCGCCAUGUUUUGAACCUCGAGGCUGUUAACACCUAUGAGGGAACUCAUGACAUCCAUGCCUUGAUUCUUGGCAGAGCAAUAACUGGACUACAGUCUUUUACAGUCGGAAAGUAGCAUUUUUAAAAUGGAAUGUCAAUCAUUUGCAACCUGGUGAACACCACAUUUUGAGAUUGAAUGGGAAGACAAUGGUCAAUCAGUUUUCAAACGCCCUGGUUUAGAUAAAAAUGUUCACCAAAAAUAGGUUUUGGUUUCGGAACCACUAACCACUUUUUGGUUUGUGUUUCAGGACGACUAAUCACUUUUUGUUUUGUGCUUUUAUUAUUGAGUACAGCUGCAAAUUACAACACAGUAGAUCCGAAUAAAGUUGCAGCAUUCAGUAAUAGUCCAAUCAAAGACAAUUAGAGCAGUCUGUGUUUUUAGAGCGUCACUGAACACGCCACACCGCUACAGUAAAUCAACUGUCCUCUGUAGUUCUGUCAACAGCAAAGCUGCCUGAUCGCAUCAGUUGAUGUAAACAAAGUUGUGGAAACACACGGCCGCUGUCCGUGCGUUCUUGGAUACACCACAAGUUGGGUAGCACUUUGAAUAAUAAGGUGAGAAACACUAUUGAAUUAAAGAAAGUAGUCGAAGCAAAGUACCAAGGUUGUGUUGGUAGGGAUCGUCUUCAAUUAAGGUAAAAGUGACGUUAAGUAUUUAUUUAUCAAUUUCAUAUGCAUUUUGAAUUGUUUUCUGCAUGUUAAACUAUAAUUAUUCUUUAUAAAAGUGUAUUGUGGUAACAUAUUUGGGUGCUUAGAACGAAUUAACUGGAGUUACAUUAUCAGUUGGAUAGUGCUUCAGUUUUUCUACAAAUCAUUUUGGAAUAAAUUACAAAUGGAAAACUGA